AUGAUUGACACCUCGAAGCUCAAAUUCGUGGCCUCCACGUCAAGCAUAGUUUCAUCUGACUCCCCUAAGCAGGGUUCAGGCACACCAUUUAAAAUUAUUGCCACCCAUGACGGUAAAUUUCACUGGGACGAAUGUCUUGCGGUUUGGUUCAUUAAGCAGCUUCCAGAUUAUAUUGACGCACGCAUCAUGCGUACGCGCGACCCUGAAGAGCUAGAGUUUGCUACCAUCACAGUGGAUGUGGGGGAUGUUUACGAUAGCGAGAAGCUGUGCUUCGAUCAUCACAUGAAGGGCUUCCAGGUGUUCUUUUCAGAUGCGUACAAAGACAUAUGUUUAAGUUCUGCAGGACUAAUAUAUGUGCACUAUGGAAGAAGUAUUCUAAAGCAGCUCUUCCCGCGUUUAGACGGGCCCACAGAGCUUGAGUUUCUCUAUCACUAUGUGUAUGACAACUAUAUCCGCGUGGUUGACGCUGUGGACAACGGGGUAGAGAGUCACUAUAACACUGAUGGGUCUGAGCCUAUUUGCCGAUGGACUGACCCCACAUCUAUGAGUGCACGAAUCACUCGCAUUUAUGAGAUUGCCGGUGAUGAGGGUUUUGGAACAGCUUACAAGAUGGCUGGACAGGACUUCAUGGAGUGGAUACAGACCGUAGUAAUAACUUACUUGCCCGCGCGCAGAGAGCUUGUUAGAGCUAUUGAGCAAGCACAUAAGCUUCACCCCAGUGGUCGCAUCAUUGAGCUCUCUAGCCCGGGGCCAUAUCAACAAUUUAUUCAUUCGGUGGAACAUGAUCUAUCUCUAUGCAAAGACGGGCCUGGCGGUGACACUAUCCUGUUUCUCAUACAUCCAGACGACUACCAAGCUGGCUACCGUAUUAGGACCGUUUCGACACAGAAGGGCUCAUUUGCAUUCAGGCUGGGACUCCCGGAGGCCUGGCGCGGGCUGAGGGACGAAGCGCUUCAGAAUGUCAGCGGGUACCAGGGCAUGUCUUUUGUUCAUAAGAGCGGUUUCCUUGGGGGCGCAAAGGACCGUGACACGGCACUGGCUGUCGUGACACGCAUUGUAGAGGACUUUGAGGCCCGCAAUUUCUAA